AUGACCAUGGAAUUGAGGACCCAUAUACAAGCGGAUGAUGAACAAACAACCACAGUUACCGAUGUCUCCUUGAACACACCUCUGUUAAUUCGUGGAGUUGAGAAUUGUGAAACACCAGCUGUCAAUGCUACUAACAUACCUUCUUCAUCCUCCCCCUGUCAUGGACCAGCAAUUCGAUGGGCUGAUGGUACAGUGGAUAAUGAAUUUAUGGGUAGAAAAAAGUCGAAUUGUUGUUGCAUUUAUGAAAAGCCUAGACGAUGGAAUGAAUCAUCCAGUUCAUCUUCGGAUUCAGAACAUAGUUCAAAUCCAGAUGAUCAUGGCAAUAAGCAGAAACCAAUUCGACAUGUACAAUGUACAGAGAAUUGUCGAGGACAUACAAAACGCUGUUAUCGUAAGAAGAAAACAAAGCUUACUGAAAAUGCAAAUUCUGAACACCAGUCGACAACAUUACCUGACUCAUGA